AUGUCUCUCCACCACCCCACCAUCGCCAUCUCAGCUCCUGGCAAGGUCUUCCUCGCUGGCGGAUACCUGGUGCUGGACCAGGAGUACACGGCUUUUGUGUUUGGCCUCAAUGCUCGUAUCAACAUCAUUGCAGGGGAAAUUCACACCACUGCUGGGGUGCAGCUCACUGAGAUUGUCGUUGACAGCCCGCAGUUCCUUGAAGCCCAAUGGCGGUAUGGAUACCAUCGGGCGAGUGAGGGCGGCGGCAUCAAGGUGACUCAAUUGCAAGUCGGCGCUCAAAUCAGCCCCAACCCCUUCGUGGAGACAACCCUCAGCUAUGCCCUCACCUACAUCGACCGUGUCGCCGGGCAUCGUUCCAGCCAUAGCAUGACAUCUGCCCGUCUUAUCAUCCUCGCAGAUAACGACUACUACUCUCACUCAGAAUCUGAGAGCACUCGUACAGGCCGCUUCGCCAAGUUCCCUGUGACCCUGGGCGAAGCCAACAAGACUGGUCUUGGUUCAUCUGCCGCUCUUGUUACUUCACUGACAGCUUCGCUCCUGGCUCACUAUCUACCUAAGGACCUCUUCGAUGUUCAGUCUGAUCAGGGAAAGAGGACGCUGCAUAACCUGGCACAGGCGGCUCACUGUGCUGCUCAGGGAAAGGUCGGCUCGGGCUUCGAUGUUGCGACUGCUGUCUAUGGAUCUUGUAGAUACAGACGUUUCUCUCCUGAGACGCUGAGCAAGAUUCCUGAGCCUGGUGCGGCUGGCUUUGCAGAUUCGUUGGUGAAGCUCGUCGACGGCGAGUCUUCGUGGGAUGUUGAGGUUCUCAAGGAUGCCGUGACCAUGCCCAAGGGUAUGGUUCUGCGCAUGUGCGACGUAGACUGUGGAAGCAAGACAGUCGGCAUGGUCAAGAAGGUCCUCGCCUGGAAAGCUGCGAACCCCGACGAAUCCAAGAAGCUCUGGGAUGAGUUGCAGAAGCGUAAUGAGGAGCUGAUUGCUACACUCAACGCUGGUGAUAUCGCGCAGCUGCCAGAGAAGAUCACGGCGGUGCGAGAAAUGAUCAGACAAAUGGGCAGCGCGAGUGAAGUCCCCAUCGAACCCGAGAGCCAGACAGAGCUUCUCGAUGCCCUCAGUACCGUCGAGGGCGUCUACGGUGGCGUCGUCCCUGGAGCAGGCGGUUACGACGCCCUGGCUCUCCUGAUGAAGGAUGAUGACGAGACGAAGCAGCGUGUUGAGGUGUUCCUGGAGAAGUGGGCAAAGGAGAAGGGCACAAAGGUCAAGCUGCUCGGCGUUAAGGGGGAGAUGGAGGGCGUUCGCUCCGAGAGCCUUGAUGUGUACGCCGGUUGGAUCUAA